GCUUCUUUCCCUUCAACAGAGUCUUUGCCUUCAUUGAAAGCCUGCCCUGCUCUAUUUAUCUGCCAGCUCACUCGCAGACAAAGGCAGCCUGACAUCCUACUCCAGGCACUGCUGCCCACAACGAUUUUCCCACUCAUAGAACCCUGCACCAACCCACAUCGUGCUCGCCCAGGACUGUUUGAUGAGCAUUUUGUACACCCUGCCCUUAUCACAACUCGCGCGCUCACUCCAGGAUCAAGCACAGUUCUGGAACACCAUAGCCUUUUCCCAUGGACAAUCUGGAGGAGAGUGGUAUGGUGGUUGAUGAGUUCGACCAGUACAGUAAUGACCACACCGAUGAUGUCGUUCUUGUUUCGCCAUCAGGUUCGCCGAGUGAGCCUGAACCUGAAUUCCCCCUCGCAGAUGAUUAUGAAUCAAUGAUCACAAGGGUUCUUCCCGAACUCCCCGACACGGAAACCCUUGAACAGACGCAUCACACAUGGCAUAUCCAGAACUGGACGAGGAUGGAAAGGAAAGAACAUGGGCCGAUUUUCGAGUGUGGAGGGUCACCAUGGAGAGUCCUUUUUUUCCCGUUUGGGAAUCAGGUGACGGAAUAUGCGUCGUUUUACCUCGAACAUGGUUACGAAGAGGCGCCCCCUGAAGGCUGGUCCCGGUGUGUCCAGUUCGCCCUCGUCUUGUGGAGCAAGAAUAAUCCUUCCAUUUACGUUUCGCACGUUGCUACGCACCGAUUUAACGCCAGUGAUGGAGAUUGGGGGUUCACACGAUUUUGUGAGCUUCGCAAGCUGUUCCAUGGCCCGUUUGAUGAGAAUGGUUCUCCGUUGAUAGAGAAUGAGGAAGCUUGCCUUACAGUGUAUAUGCGAGUUGUAAAGGAUCCCACAGGAGUUCUGUGGCACAGUUUCAAAGACUAUGAUUCCAAGAAGGAAACCGGCAUGGUCGGCCUCAAAAAUCAGGGUGCCACAUGUUAUUUGAACUCCCUCUUACAGUCUCUCUAUUUCACCAACUCCUUCCGAAAGGCCGUUUAUCAAAUCCCCACUGAAGAAGAUUCCAAAAUCUCAAAUAGCGCCUGGACGUUACAGCGAUUGUUCUAUUCCCUCCAGACGAGUGACAAUCCGGUAUCGACACAAGAGCUUACUUCUUCCUUUGGAUGGGAGUCGAAACAGAUUUUUGAGCAGCAAGAUGUGCAAGAAUUGUGCCGAAAGCUGAUGGAACGCUUGGAGGAGAAGAUGAAAGGCACUCCCGUAGAAAAGGCCCUCCACGACCUUUUCGUUGGAAAGACGAAAACCUACAUUUCUUGCAUAAACGUUGAUUAUGAAUCUUCACGAAUAGAGGACUUUUGGGAUAUCCAACUUAAUGUCCGAGGCAACAAGACUCUCGACGACAGUUUCAAAGAUUAUAUCCAGGUGGAAACGCUUGAAGGGGAGAACAAGUAUGAUGCCGGUGACCCCUAUGGAUUACAGGACGCGAAGAAAGGUGUUAUAUUUGAAAGUUUCCCACCCGUCUUACAUCUCCACCUGAAGCGAUUUGAGUACGACAUCCACCGUGACGCGAUGAUGAAGAUUAAUGAUCGGCAUGAAUUCCCAGAGGAAUUUGAUGCUUCCCCUUACCUUUCUGAAAAUGCGGAUAGGUCGGAACCUUGGGUAUAUCAACUCUACGGUGUCCUGGUUCACACUGGGGAGUUAAAUGCCGGCCAUUAUUACGCGUUUUUGAGACCGACGAAAGACGGCUACUUUUACCGAUUUGAUGACGACAGAGUUGUUAGGGCUACUAUGAAACAGACCUUGGAGGAGAACUUUGGUGGAGAUUGGAUAACUCUUCCUAACGGCAACGCUGGAAUGCGUCAAGCUCAUUUUGCCAGGGGUUACUCCACAAAGCGAUCAAUGAAUGCAUACAUGUUGGUAUAUCUUCGCAAAUCGCGGGUGGACGAUAUCCUCGUGGAAGUAAUGAAAAAUGACGUUCCUUGUCACAUUGAAAAGAAGAUUGCUGAGGAACGGGCCGAGCUUGCGAGACGGAAAAAGGAGCGCGAGGAACAACAUCUUUAUAUGAACGUCAGCUUAAUAUCCGAUGAAUCCUUCAAGCAUCACCAUAGCUUUGACCUCACGAGUCCUGACCUAGAUCCCAACGAUCCUGCCGCUCCGAAGGCAUACCGGAUUUUACGUGCUACUAAAGUUGGGGAAUUUGCGAAGCAGGUCGCUGAAGAAAGGGAGGUAGCUCCGGAGCAGGUACGGCUUUGGGUUAUGGUUAAUCGCCAAAAUAAAACCACACGCCCAGAUCAACGUUUAAGAGAUAUGGAAAUGUCCAUGGAGCAAGCGUUCAAUGAAUUUGGAACUAAAAACAACCCUUUUCGACUCUGGCUGGAGAUAGGCGAACCUGGAGUCGACGGGAAAGUUUCUUGGCCGGAUUCCCGAGGACCGAAUGCCCAUACUCUUAUUUUCUUGAAGUAUUUUGAUGUCCACGCUCAGACAUUGACGGGAGUCAAGCAUGUUUUUGUUAGGAAGCAUGCGAAGGUGUCCGAAAUCAGUAGCACAAUCCUUGAACUGAUGAACUGGGCACCUGGAACAUCUUUCUUGUUAUACGAGGAAAUCAGACAUUCAAUGAUUGAUCCGAUGAAACCAAAGCACACAUUUCAUCAGUCUGAGAUUCAGGAUGGCGACAUUAUCUGCUUCCAGCGAUCAAUCCCAGAGUCAGAGCUGCCGCCCACCGUGAUAUACCGCAACGUUCAACAAUAUUAUGAUUUCCUCUUGAACCGUAUCCUCGUCACAUUUGCACCGAUUGAGCCCAAUCCUGAACAAACGUUUACAUUGACACUCAGUAAAAAGAUGACGUAUGAGCAAUUCUCAACGAAGGUCGGCGAGCAUUUGAAAGUUGAACCAACUCAUCUACGAUUUGCGCCUGUUAUUAUAAGCAGUGGAGCACCAAAGCCUUUCAUCAAACGAAAUGUUGCACAGAAUCUCGGGCAAAUACUCACAAGUCCAUACCCAGGUACUGGCUAUUCUCAUCGCUCCGAUGUGCUUUACUACGAAAUCUUAGAAACCAGUCUGAGCGAGUUCGAGAUGAAGAAGAAUAUUAAAAUCACCUGGCUAUCUGAAGGAAUCGCUAAAGAGCAAAUACACGAAGUCCUUGUCGCCAAGAAUGGUGUCGUUUCCGAUGUGAUUGAAAGUUUACAAAAGAAAGCGAAUAUUGACGAUGAGACCAUACGGAACGUGCGACUCUACGAAGCUUACUCAGGCAAGAUUUACAAAGAGCUUUACGACACGUAUAGCGUGGCUGGUAUCACUGAUUAUGUUACCGUGUUCGCCGAGAGAAUACCAGAGGACGAACUGAACAUGCAAGAAGGUGAAUUUAGGAUUAAUGCAUUCAAUUUUGAUAAGGAGCCACAGAAGGCAUAUGGAUGUCCGUUCAAAUUUGUGGUUAAGCCGGGGGAGAAAUUCAAGGACACCAAAGAACGGUUAUCAAAGCGGACGGGUAUCAAGGGCAAGCAGUUUGAAAGGAUUAAGUUCGCCCUCGUAUCCCGCACUCCGUAUUCAAAACCGUUGUACCUUGAAGAUGACCAUAUACUUGCCGACCUUACGACCGAUUCUGAGCAGCAACUCGGUCUUGACCACGUAAAUAAAAAUCGGAAUUUCUGGGGCCGGAGCGAGAGCUUCUUCAUCCGAUAGACUUUCCAAACUUUGUUCAAGGCUACUUUUUCCUUCACCUGUGAUUCUGUCUUUGGUUUCUUUUGCCGUCAUUUGUGCCAUUCCAUACGGAGUUUUUGAUUGGGGCGAGCAUUUGGUUUGGGUGGAUGAUGGAUUUGGGUUGAAAG